AUGUCUGCACCGUCGUCCCCUCCUCUCACUGCAUCGUCGGUCACAGCAUCGCUCCCUCCUACCACUGUGCUCUCCGACGCUCUCUCCCUCCCCGACGAGGAUAGUAGCUCCAACUCCCGCAAACCCGCUCUCUCUAUUAUAACCGAGAUCAGCGAGCAUGAUGGCUCCGAUACACAGAGGACCAUUGGUAUUGCAUUUUUGAGGAUCCUCGCCUACCAGGUCUUGCACCACUCCAGGGGCCAGUCCAAGGAAUAUCAAAAGCACGUCCUUAUAUUUUACAAAUCGCACGUCCCCGUUGGUCUCGGUUCAGUCCGUCCAAUUAUAAAGAAGCUCAAUCCUGUUGGGAUUGGCACCGGCACGCCGAUAUUAAGGAAGACGAAGAAGCCGUUAGCCCUCCCAGUCCUCCCAUUCGGGCCCCGAGUCCAGUUCCAGUGUCAGUGUCCCCUCCCACCUCUCACAUCCGUCGACAGAGAGCUGCCACUUUGUCCCGGAGACCCACUUCGUCGACUCCGAACGAGCCUCCUACGACUUUCUACACAUCUCCCAACAAGGAUUUUGCCCCUGGCCGGAGAUAACUUCGAGACAGUCGUGGACACCUUGGAGGAGGCUAGCUUCGACAACAGAGACGACGUGCUGGAAUGGUUGGACGUGCGUAAGAGGGAGCUGUGUCGAUAA